UGUCAGCGGAGCUGAUGUUGACAAAAACAGUUUCUUCUUAGCCGUCUUAACUUUUCUUGCUACUUGGAAAAAUCUUUGACUAGUAUCAAAGAUACUGUCAGUAAGAUUUAUCUUACUGACAGGUGAAGGUUACUGACAAAUACAGAUGAAAUGCUCUAAUCCUUUUUACAGUCGGACUUUAAAUCCUCCGUUUGUUUUACUUUCAUUUCCUCGCCUCAAGGUCAACUUUUAAAGCUGUAAGAUGCCAUACGCUGGUGAAGAUGACGACAGCUGCAGCUCCAUCAGUGAUGACUUCCCUUGCUUUAAGGGCCGUCUGGACUGCAAGAAGAAAUAUGAUAUAAAAUCUCCCCAGGAAAGUCCUUCUAGUGCCUCGGUGUCCAGUGACGAGCAGCCUGAUGCUGAAACUGACACCAAACAUUCAGACUCUACUGAAGAUGGUAGACACAGCAACUGCAGCUGCUGCUCUGACGAGAGCCGGAAGUCUCCUCUUAAUUUCAGGAGAGAGCAGCCACUGGAUGGGCAGGGCCCUAAUUUGGAUGCAGCGAGUCGAAACUCCCUUCAUGACCAAAACCCAAGCAAAGAGAAGGAAAGCAAACAGUUUCUCUUACAGCACCAAGACGAUCCUUCUAGUGGUGGGACUCACUUCAACAUGAGCAACAAAAACAUGAGCAGUGUGACCCAAGCUCUGGUGCCCCGUGAUGAGCAACCUAUUGCUGAAGCGACAGUUACAUGCCUGAAUGCUCUGCCAGAACAUGGCAGCUGCAGCUCCAUCAGUAACUAUCUCCCUCUGCGCGAGAAAAAAUUCCCCCUGGAUGAACAAUACCCUGAUUCAGAUACAGAGAAUCAAAACUUCCUCUCUGAUUAUAAGGCGAGCAAGAACAAUUAUGAAACUGAAAGGCACCAGGGCAGUUCCUCCGUCAGCAUGUCCAUUUUCAAUCUGAGCAUCGCCAUCAUGGGCAGCGGCAUCCUGGGUCUGUCCUUCGCCAUGGCCAACACCGGCAUCGCCCUGUUUGUGAUUCUCCUGGUUAUUUUUGCCAUUUUCUCCUUGUAUUCUGUCCACUUGUUGCUGAAGACAGCCGAUGAAGCAGGUGCUCUUGUUUAUGAGUCACUGGGUUACAAGGCCUUUGGGAUCCCAGGCAAACUGGCUGCUUCCUGCUCCAUCACCAUGCAGAACAUUGGAGCCAUGUUGACUUACCUCUACAUCAUCAAAUAUGAGCUCCCCAUUGUCAUUCAGUUAUUUACUGGAGCAAGUCAUGGUGAAUGGUACAUCAAUGGAGAUUACCUCGUGAUUCUGGUCUCGAUUAUUGUCAUCCUGCCUCUGUCAUUAUUCAGGAACUUAGGUUACCUUGGUUACACCAGUGGUCUCUCUCUGCUCUGCAUGGUGUUCUUUCUGAUUGUGGUGAUCAUAAAGAAGUUCCAGAUCCCAUGCCCUCUGCCUCUUCCUGACACUGGAAAUGAAACCAUGAAUAUGUUCAACAUCACCCCCCACAGCGACAACGCCACUAUAGAUGAUGACACUUGCAAGCCUAAAUACUUUGUCUUUAACUCACAGACUGUCUAUGCUGUACCCAUCAUCACUUUUGCCUUCAUGUGCCAUCCUACUAUCCUACCCAUGUAUGAUGAGCUCAAAGACCGCUCACGCCGAAAGAUGCAGAAUGUGGCCAACGUUUCCUUCCUGGCCAUGUUCAUCAUGUACCUGCUGGCCGCCCUCUUUGGAUACCUCACCUUCAACAGUAAGUUGGGCAAGAUUUAAAAACUACAACAUGGUAGCUUUAGAUUGUUAGCAGUAUUGAGAUGUUGUCAAGAUGCGUGUUGGUGUUGGACCCAAAUACAGCAGGUUG